CUACGUCACUUCACUUCACUCACCUCACCACCACCAUCCUCAACUUUCAUCUCCCAAACUCUCUCUCUUCCUCUUCUCUCUGCCUCACGUCAUCCUCGCCUUCCUCCGACGUUUCUCCGAUCUCUCCUCUUGCUGCUCUUGUACUCUGUUAUACUCUACUUAGCUGAACAGGAUGAGAAGCAUUGACUGACAUCAUCCUGAACUGGCUUUUGCUUCCACCGGAUGUUUUUCGCUCUUCUUAGCUGCUCUAGUGCUCUACUAAUCUCUACUACUUCACACAACUCAUUAAUGCUACUCUCAUACCUAUUCCCUCCACUCCUAACACCUCCCUCUACUCUACUCUAUUUUACUCACCUCACCCACCACAUCACCACAGCACAAGCAAUGCAGCAGCAGGCAGGAAGAGGUGGCAGAGGUGGCAAUACCCGAACCCCUGACUAAGGUUCGUGACCCAGCCCGUACCUGGUACCGUGCCCCUCCAUUCUCGGACGCACUUUCCCCGUGUCCCGCCCCUCCAUCCGUCAAUCUUAGAGUUGGGUCCAGAAUAGUCUGCUCUUCAUAUGGUAAGUGCACUGUGUUAUCCUGGGUAUUAGUUUCUACCAGAGUGGGGGUUCCUUUAUUUUUCCGAGCCGUGUAUUCUUCCGCUAUUAUAAUUUAUUAUGUAACGAAUGCGUCCUUUUCCGACGCCUGUUUUUGUCUACAUCUGCUAUUACUCCAAUCUUAUAGGUGGUGUUAACCUCUUAUUAGUUAUCUGUUUGCUACUCUUCUAUCAUCAACGUGCAUACAGUACAUAACGGGCACAGUACAGAUGCCCAACCAACCCCGGAUUCAAGAUCUCCGAAGCGUUGGAUUGGAAUCACUUCCCACAGCACUAAACCACCCCACACCCAAGACCUGAGCAAAAAGACCCUUACUUACCAAGACCACGAAAAAGAAGAAGACCCCGCAUUUUCAUCUAUUUCAAUCUACUUCGAUCUAUCUGCAAAAAGCCGUAGGUAAACCGCCUAAAACGGUUCAUGGUCGUCAACCUGUCAUCAGCUGCAGCUCGACUUGCUGCUCUGAUACACGCACGCACGCACGAGAAAGGAGACCAGGAGGACGGAUGACAGAGAACGUCAACGUCGGCUAAAGGCUAAUAAGCUGGAUUUCGCCUAUCUAUUUGGCCGAUUUAGCAAUAUGCUCGUUGUGGAAGCGUAGCCGUAGUAGAGUAGAAGAAGUAAGGCUUCUCGAUACAGAAUGCGCUUUCGUUUCCAAAGAAUCCGAGACAGAAGAAUAGAAGAUAGAAAGAAGACCUACAAAAACACCACUGAGCGCCUAUCCCAUUCUAAGCCCAUCCUACUGCUUGCUUCUGAUAUCUCUUCUGCUUCAUUAUACUCUGCCUAUGACUGUAUAGAAUAGCAUCAAUAACAAUAACUAUAUCCAAUUUUUCAUCUCGGCUCUUCAAACAGAUUAACACUUGCGGCUAUUUGAAUAUGUCAAACAAUAACUUCAAACUUCUCUCAUACUGAUAUAACCCCCGCGUCAGACCGAACCUUGUAGGUACUGCUUCUCGACAGUGCUGUAGUCCUGCUCUUUCAACAACUCUUCUAUUCUCUACUACUAUUCUCUAAACAGUUCUGUAGUCUCUAGUCUCUUCUACAAUAUCUCUCUGCUAUCUCACAGUCCUCAACCAACCCACAUAUCUUCCGCCCCCACUCUUAUCAUCUCCCAAACAGACACAAAG